AUGGCCUCCUUCUUCCGCACUGCCGUCCGCGGCCCCUCCGCCGGCCUCUUCCGCGCCGUCGCCCGCCCCCAGCCCGUCGCCGCCCGCGUCAGCCUCUUCAGCACCUCCAGCCGUUUCCGCUCCGAGCACCACGAGGAGACCUUCGAGGAGUUCACUGCCCGGUCCCAGGCCCGAGCUAGCUACCUGCCCGUCCUAGCUCGGCUUCACUAUGACAAGGAGUUUGAUGGCGUCCAGGAUGUUUUCGAGCUUCAGCGCAACCUGAACAACGCUUUCGCUUACGAUCUCGUCCCCUCCCCCUCCGUUCUCGCCGCCGCUCUCAAGGCUGCCCGCCGCGUCAACGACUUCCCUACCGCUGUCCGCGUCUUCGAGGGCAUCAAGGCCAAGGUUGAGAACAAGGGCCAGUACGAGCAGUACCUCGCUGAGCUCAAGCCCCUUCGUGAGGAGCUCGGCAUCACCCUCAAGGAGGACCUCUACCCCGAGGAGGCCAACUAA